UAUUAAUAUACAGUCUAUGUUUGUAAGCGGAAGAAAAAUAAAGUCAACGUUAUUUCCUGUGUUCAGUCCCCGCCUCCUGUAUGCAGACCGCGGAUUUUAAAAAUAAAUAACGACUGGUUCAGUAGCAAGACGUAACGUUACAUCCAAAAAGAUCAACGGCCGCACAUUAAAACACACUGUGAACAUCAUGACAUCCAUUACUGAUCCAAACGUGAGUGACGUGUUCGCCAGUGCAAUGGAGGAGAUUCACAACAAACAGCUUAAAACAUUUGGGGAGAUAAUUGACGUGACUACAGAGUUGUGCCAGUCCCACAGACAGGUGGUGAAGUCUGCACAUGAUUCAUGUUUAAAGAAAUGUAAGGACGAUGAAAUGCUGUUUGAGACAAUACGGACAUUCGAAAGAGACUUGGUACAAAAAAAUGCAUCAUUGAAAAGGAAACAGCUUGCCAUUUCUGAAAUGAUAUCUGAGAUUCAGCAGAAGGAGAUGCAGAAAGAUGACAUCAUCCAGAAGCUAGAUAAACUUAAACAAGAGCAAGCCAAGAGAAAAGAGUUAAUCGAGUCUCAAAAUAAAACUAACAAAAACAGACUGAGGAAUCUCCAGAAAGCCAGAGUAGUCUUUCAGGAUCAUUUGGACAUGGAGAUGCGAACAAUCUUUGGCAAAACACAAUUGGUUAAAGGUGAAAAGCUGCAGUUUGUUUUCCGGAAUAUCAGCCCUUCAGAUCAGGACAGCGCCUACGUUGUCACAAUUGGGAUUAAAGAAGACGGAUCAUACCAGAUUGUGUCGAGUGACCCCGUGCUCAAGUGUUUGUCAGUCCUGGAAAGCCGGCUUCAGGAGACCAAUAACUUACCAGCAUUCCUGGCAAACGUCAGGAAGGAGUUUAUCUCUCUGGCACGCUGCUAAGAUUGAAAGGAUGGGAGGAUAAAAUACAAUGCAGAACGUCUUGCUGCAAUGUGGACUAAUGUAAGGAGCACAGCUUUCAGUCUGUAUCUACAAUAGAGGUCUGUAAACAAAACAUCAACUGCCUUGUCAAGACUAAUAUGGAUUUAUUAUACAUUUCUGUGGGCAAUAAGUAAAAAGCUAUUUAAAAAAAAUCUGGACUUCUCACUACAUAAUCACUGGUAUUUGUUUGAACAAAUCGUCUCAUUAUUGAGCAUAGUGGUUUGACAAUUUAGUGGAAAUUGCGUAAUUGACAUUGUUUCAAAGAAGUUUGGCAUAGAGAGAACAGGUGUUCUAAAUCCUGAAAAAUUCACCAGUUUACCGUAGAUGCUCUUUAGAAGUAAAGAUGAAUAAAGUAAUUGAUCAGUCACAGAUGAGGAAAACUGUUUUCUUUUAUUUUCUCAUGUCAUUACUUAGUUUAAAGUGGGUGGGGAAAAGUGUAUAUUGUCUUAUUUUCCUGUGCUCCACUUUUACUUAUUCAUGUCAAUCUAUUCAAAAACAUAUUUUUUAAACCACUAACUAUAGUUGAGUUCAUCUGUAUAAGGUGUGAUAAAUAAUGAAAAACAUAACGAAUAAAUAUACACUUAGGUAUAAAAAUUCACAUACCGUAUGAAUCCCUGCAGCAUAAAAACAUCAGGGAGAGCAGUGACAAAACUUAUAGAUCCUGACUUAGCAGAGAAACAUUAUAAUUAUUAAACCAAAUGCUUUUGUCUUUUAACAAUUUUAAAGCAAUGAAUAUCAUCGGUCAGUAGUACAAACAGAAUUUGUAAUUUUUAUAGUUUUAUUUGGAAUAAGGCUUUCAGAUGUUGCCUUUUUAACUUUUGCCACUGCAGACGUGAAUCUCUUUGAUUCAGGGUGAGUUUUGUUAUUUUUGUUGCUGAUGAGUCAAGUCAGUCAGGCAUCGGAUGAUUUGACGCUGCUUAACACAGGCAGCUCCUCAACAUAGGUUGAUGGAAAAUGGCCGGUUUUCCCGUCAAGUUUGCCAAUCCACCAACCAUUCUCUUCCUUUCCAUAAAUGUCUAGAAGAUCUCCUGUGAAACAAAAAUUCAGUCAUUUUAUAAGAAUAGUUAUAAACCUCUAGUGUUUUAGAUGUUCUGCACUUAAGUAGCCACUUACCUUCUUUCAAAGUCAAUUCAUCAUCCUGUUGAGGUGUGAAAUUGUACAGGACCUUACAUUUUCCUAUACUGCACAUCUCCUGUGUUAUUUGACCUGUUCAAUGUUGAUAUUUUAAUUCCAUGAUGCAAUUCCAAAUGUGCUGAAAAGAAAUAAAUCUUUGUGUUGUGCUGGAAACA